UAAAAAAAAUGAGAAACAAGUUGAAUCAUUCGUAACGUUUCAAUAGACACUUUUAAUUUGAAAGACAAUAACUUACCUAGGUCUACCUAGGUAGCACUGCCUCAGCUUUGUGUUCACAUUGUUUUCCGAUCUAAAAGCGAAAGUGAAUUCAGAAUGAAUACGCCUUAAAGGUCGGAAGUACAGUUGACGGAUUGUAGACAGCGAUGGACGACGCAUAUCCUUAUACACUGAUCGUAGAGCUCGAAGAAAACAACGUUCCCAGACUGAAAAACAAACUGGUGAAAUAUUUCCAGAGUAAAAAACGGGCCGGUGGUGGUGAAUGUCAAAUUCAAUAUGAAGACAGAAGCAGGACGGCGGUGCUGCGUUUCAGAAGGGAGGAAGAUAGGGCGAGGGUUCUGGCUCAAGAGACUCAUGUGAUCGUCUUGGAAGAAGGGGUGAUAAAGGUCUCCGUUCAUUUGGCUGACAGAAGCUCUGAGAGAGAGCAGUUGACAACUACUACCAACAACCAACAAAGCAACUCGGAUAGUCGUGCAUCUGAGGAGGAGACCCAGGUGGAGGCGGUGAGCAGGGUAGAGCAGACAGAAGAGUCGGCUUUGGGUUCCACCUCCGCUGUCUUAGAGAACGUUCCCCCGGACAUGAGCAAGGACAUCAUGGAGAUGUUGGUGGAAAACAUCUACUUCAAGUCACAGAUAACCACCCAACCUGAUUUCAGUUUGGAGAUGCUCUCCGACAUAUGCUCCGCUGUGAUUACUUUCUCAAGUACAAAAGAAAACAAUGAGUUCAUUACAAGCUGCCAGACAAACAGGACCUUCUUGAACAAGAAAUUAACUGUCAGAGCUCUGGAAGUCACAUCCCAAGUCAGAGUUGAGAAUUUGGCAAACAUCAGUGAAGAUGUCCUCCUGCUGUACUUUGAGAAUGAAGGUUGGGAGGUUGAACAGGUCACCCCCGAUAAAGAGGAACAGUCUGCUGUCAUCUCCUUCAAAAUGGACACAGCUGUUCAAGGGAUAAUCAAGAAGGAACAUGUGAUCGGGAUAACACCGGUCAAGGCUUUUCCAUUUUACGACUCCUUGGGAACGGUUCUUUAUGGCAAAGUCCGACCCAAACCAAAACUACCUGCUACCUUCUCUAAAAGCAUACAUUCCCCACUCUUGACGUACCUCCAUCAGCAGCAGGAAGCAGCAGAGAUGGUUUGUGGUCACUUGUCAGCACUCUUCUGCAAGGUAGACCUCCUACCCUCAUCUGUGAGUUUCAGCCCUCUUCCAGCACUGCUCGAGCAGAAAGAUGUUACACCCAAAUACAUCAAACAGUGGAAACAAUCAGUGGAGCAGGCCUUCACACAGGUCUUGUCCAGGUUCAAAACUCUGAGGCUUCAGCCUCCACCAUCAACAUGGGAAGAGUCUGAAGCGCAGAUCAGAGAGAUUGUUUUAGACAAGACCAUGGAAGUCAUCCCUGAGAAAGCUGAAGGUGCAUUGUCAGUGGUCGGCCUUGUGGACGAGGUGACCAGACUAGAGCCCACGUUGAAUGAGCUCAUGACCAGGAUUGAGAAAAGGGUUCAGAGGGAGAAUUCAAGUAUUACACAAGGAUUUGAGAUAUCCGAAGAAAUGUUUCACCUGCUUUGUCAAGACGGUCUUGCUGACCGGUUCAAAGAUAAUUACCCAGACCUAGAAAUGACAUAUGAAGACAAAUUGAUCUUAAAAGGUUUAAGUCAUGAGGUUUCAGAUGCAGCUAUUGUGGUAAUGGCACAAGUGCUUGCAGUACAAAAAAAACUCUUAGAUGGACCUACAGCUGAGGAGGAUAACCAGAUUGAGGCGGCUAGCAGGGAAGAGCAGACAGAACAGCCGGCUUUGGGUUCUACCUCAGCUGUCUUAGAGAACGUUCCCCAGGACAUGAGCAAGGAGUUCAUGGAGAUGUUGGUGGAAAACAUCCACAAAAACUACAAGUCACCGAUGACCAGCCAACCUGAAUUCAGUUUGGAGAUAAUCUCUGACACAUGCUCCGCUGUGGUUACUUUCUCAAGUGCAAAAGAAAAUAAUGAGUUCAUUACAAGCUGCGAGAAAAACAAGAUGUUCCUGAACAAGAAAUUAACUGUCAGACCUCUGGAAGUCACAUCCCAGCUUAAAGUUGAGGAUGUGUCCAACAUCAGUGAAGAUGUCCUCCUGCUUUACUUUGAGAAUGAAGGUUGGAAGGUUGAACAGUUCACACCAAAUGAAGAGGAACAGUCUGCUGUCAUCUCCUUCAAAAUGGAUACAGAUGUUGAAGGGAUAAUCAAGAGAAAACAUCAAUUUGGGAAGACAUAUCUCAAAGUUUUCCCAUUUUACAACUCCUUGGGAACGGCUCUUUAUGGCAAAGAAAGACCAAUACUUAACGUUUCUAAAUGUAUGAGAAAUACCAGAAAAAAUUACCAGCCCCUUCCAAGGCCCAUCUAUCAGAUUCAAACAUCUGAUGGCAUUGAUUUAGCUGUUUCUAAAGCUGAUCUAUGUAGCUACGCAGUAGAUGCAGUGGUUAUCAAUUCGAAUAAGAACUUGAAACUUGAUGGAGGUACUGGAGAAGCAAUUGUGGCGGCUGCUGGUUCUUCCUUGCAGGAAGAAUGUGAUAAAAUCCAUCUCCGGAGAGGGCAGCUGAAGCCAGGAGACAGUGUAAUUACUGGUGCAGGGGGUCGGCUUCAAUGCAAAAAAGUGAUCCAUGCGGUCACACCCCAGUAUGAUCCAUCUAACCACUUGAAGACAGUGGGGCAGCUGAGAAGAGCCGUUAAAGGAAGUCUAGAACUUGCUGAGAUGAAUGGCUGUCAAUCUCUGGCCAUCUCUGCCAUCAGUGCCAACAUGGGGUUCCCAAUAGACCUGUGUGCCGACACCAUCAUCAAAGUGUUGAAGGAACAUUGUGAGGACCAGUUUGGUGAAAACAACCUGAAGCAGAUCCAUUUUGUUAGCACAGAUGACCAUGCCGUUCAUGCUUUGGAGACAUCAGUGAGACACAAGUUUGGAAACCAAGGAAUUAUUUAUUCUCAGCAGAGUGUUACUGACAGACAGAGCUUAAAAUCAAUGGAAUGGUUUAUUCAAGCUGCUAGGUGUGUUCCCAAGCAAUCUCCAAUUCUGGAAAAGGACGAAAACACUCUCCAGCUACUGGACACCAAUGAGGAAUUGAGCAUUGAAUUGGUGGAAGGGAAUAUUCAAGAUGCUACGACCGAGGGGAUUGUGAAUGUUGUCGGUAGAGAGCUUGAUCUGAGAAGGGGAGCCGUUUCCAAGGCUAUCCUUGAAGCAGCAGGACCCAACCUUCAGCUGUUGGUCAGUGAACAUUGCCAAACUGGGAACUUUGGUGAUGUCAUUGUUACAAGUGCAUGUCAACUGAGAAGCAACAUGCUUUUCCAUGCAGUGGUUCCUCCUUGGGACAACAAGGGCAACGCUUACAAGAUAAUGAGAGAGAUUGUUGAAGACUGCUUGAACAAGGCAGAGAACCGUGGUCUUACCUCCAUAUCCUUCCCUGCAAUCGGCACUGGAAAACUGGGCUUUCCCAAAGACCUUGCAGCAUCUGUAAUGAUAGGAGAAGUAUUGGCGUUUAAGAAGCAGUCGAUGCGCUUGAAGAAGGUUGCCAUCGUUCUCCAUCCAAAAGACAGAGAGACAAUCCAGGUUUUUAAUCAAGAAUUAGAGAAACGUCUCUCGACAGGAAGUUAAGUAAGCUACAAGUCAUCCACCCUUCUGCAGAUGAUUUGCUAACAGAGACAAUAAGGAAAGGAACAUGUAGUGAUGCCUAUUCUGAAAGAGGAAACCGGACAUUUAACUAUUUUUUUACUCAUUAACCAAUACAAGUAAGGGCACCUUCACAAACUUACAAUUUGGUCUGUUUAAUCAAAUCCUGAAUUGAACCCUGUUUUGAACAAUCUAAGAUCUAACAAUCUUAGAUUGUUAGAUAUUAUGGCGUUUAUAUAGUUAACUUAAUUUUCUAUCGUAAACAUUGCUCUUGCUGCUCUUAAAAUAUGAACAAUUUCUAAUAUAUAUAUAUUUAUAUGCACAAGUAAUCUGUAAAAAUUGCACAAGUAAUGUGGUUUGGUGGGGUUGACUGGAGUUUAGGAGGGGGGGGGGUAUUGUACGUCACUUAUUUUGCUUAAAAAAUUCUAAUAGACAAGACUUUGUUUUGCUUAUUGUUAAAGCUGCUUCAUUUUGAUGAAACUUAUUUUAGUCUAAUGCUUCUUCUGAUGACAUGUUUCAAGCUAACAACAGUUUUGAAUGGUUUCUUCUCCACAUAAUGGACAACACCAUAUAAGGUUUUAUGAGUUUGGAGAUAAGUUAAACACCUCAAACAUGGCCUCUUUGCCAUUUCCGCUAAAGCCAAGACAGACAAGGUUUAUCUGGGUAAAUAAUAUGUAAGUUUUAUUUACCAUUUGCACUUCCAACAUAAACUGUUUUCUUACCUGUGUUCAAGAGAUGCUUCAUGAAACACCUCCAUAACUCAAACUUGUUUACCUUGUGACUCUGUUGUAAUAAACAAGUGUUGAGCAUUUA